AUGGCCAUGAAGAAUGCUAUAGAAGAUAUAUUCCCAAACACCCGACAUCGGUGGUGCAUAUGGCAUAUUAUGAAAAAGAUUCCAGAAAAGUUGAAUGGGUGCAACGCGUAUGAGAAUAUUAGUUGGUGUAUGCGUAGGGCAGUUUAUGCUUCAUUGACCAUAAAACAAUUUGAGGAUGCUUGGGAUAUGUUCAUCAAGAAGUACGAACUUCAAAGUAACACAUGGUUAGAGGGGUUGUAUUUGGAAAGGAAACGGUGGGUGCCUGCUUAUUUGAACGAUGUGUUUUGGGCGGGGAUGUCAUCCAUACAAAGAAGCGAGAAUAUAAAUGCGUAUUUUGAUGGUUACGUUCAUUCAAAGACGACCCUGAAACAAUUUGUAGGACAAUAUGAAAAUGCAUUGGAGAAUAAGGUAGAAAGUGAAAAUCAAGCAGAUGUGAAAAGUUGGAACACUUUCAUCCCGUUAAUGACUGAAGAUGAGUUGGAAAAACAAUUUCAAAGUGUUUAUACGCAUGCAAAGGUUAAGGAGUUUCAGAAACAAUUUUUUGAUAAAAUUCAUUAUAUUUGUGAUAAGUCGGCAAAAGUUGAUGGUAUCGUGUCUGAACAUGAGAUAAAUGAGUGGGUUACAUAUGGCGAAGGAGAAGAGAAAAAGAGGAUUCAAGUGGCAUUUACUGUUGAUUUCAAUGCUGAAACCAAUGAAACACAUUGUAAUUGUCGAUUGUUCGAGUCUAGAGGAAUGGUAUGUAAACAUCAACUAUUUGUGUGGCAUCAAAAGGGAAUUAAAAGAGUGCCUGACAAGUAUGUGUUGAGAAGAUGGUGUAAAAAUGUGAAAAUGGUCCACACAAAAGUUUGA